AGGAAAAUGAAAGAAGAAACGCAGUAAUAAUUACAGUGAAUUCGUGAGAUAUUUUUGGAAAAAAUGUCACAAGAUUCGUGGAUGAAAAUAUCUAAUAAUUUUCUCAUUUUCUUUUUUCAGAUUAUUAUAUUAAUAUCGCAAUGCGGGUACUCCUCUCGAAACUUCCGAGACCAUGGAUAGUUGACGAGAAAAAGGACGAUGGUUACACGGCUCUUCAUCUGGCUGCUCUGAACAAUCACGUCGAAGUUGCUGAACAGUUGGCACGUGCUGGAAAAGCUGACCUGGAUUUGCAAAACGUCAAUUUGCAGACCGCGUUGCAUCUCGCUGUCGAGCGACAGCACACGCAAAUCGUUCGUCUUCUGGUACGCGCGGGCGCUAACUUGAACGUGGCAGACAAGGAUGGGGACACGCCUCUUCACGAAGCCUUGAGAUAUCAUACUUUGUCGCAGCUGCGACAGCUGCAGGAUGUCCAGGACGUAGGACGUCUUUUGAUGGGUCUAGGCGCACAAGGACAGGACAAGAAGAGUAGCUCGUUCAUCGCUUUCCUAGCUGCUCAUGGAGCCGAUUUAAAAUUAAAAAAUAAGAAAGGACAAACUCCUCUCGACUUAUGUCCGGAUCCAAAUCUUUGCAAAACAUUAACUACUUGCCACAAGGAUAAAGAAUCUUUCAGACAUGAUAUCGAAACGGCAGCCCCAUCAGCUACGAUCGACGAAUGUUUGGUCUGCUCCGAUGGAAAACGUGAAAUGCUUUUCAGUCCCUGCGGUCAUGUAACUUGUUGUAAUAUUUGUGCGCCAAGAGUGAAAAAAUGUCUAAUAUGUAGAGAGAAUGUUCUUUCGAGAACAAAGAUCGAGGAAUGUGUCGUUUGUUCUGAUCGAAAGGCUAGCAUGCUAUUUCGUCCAUGUGGACAUAUGUGCGCUUGCGAAAGUUGCGCAACUCUGAUGAAGAAAUGCGUUCAAUGCAGAACUCAAAUUCAGCAUAUGGUACCACUAUCAAUGUGUUGUGGUGGAGGGGGAGACGUUACUUAUGUAAAAAAUUCUAAUGCUUCAGGGGUAACGAUAACAGAAGUAAAGAACGAUCAAGAAGAAGAAUUACCGCAACAAAAUACUGGAAGUGGGGAAACUAUUUUGAUGAACAAUGGUAGCCGAGAUACAUCUCAUAACGAUAUACAGAAACUUCAACAGCAACUUCAAGAUAUUAAAGAUCAAACUAUGUGUCCAGUUUGCCUAGAUCGUUUAAAAAAUAUGAUAUUUUUAUGCGGUCACGGAACAUGUCAAAUGUGUGGAGAUCGGAUGUCGGAAUGUCCAAUAUGUCGAAAAGCUGUAGACAAGCGAAUUUUACUCUAUUGAAUGUAAAAAAAAAGAUUGUUAUUUAGAAUUGAAAUUCUUUUUAAGAAUUAUUAUAUUAUUGUUAUGAAUUAAUAAUAGGAAUAAUUAAAUAUUGCA